AUGAGCGCCAACCCCCAGUGGGACAUCAGCAGGGCGCUGAGGGUAGCCAGGCUCUUCCACCUGGUGUGUGGAGUCCGGGAUGCCUGCGUGACCCCGUUCCUGACCCUCUACCUGCGGCAGCUGGGCCUGGCCGCGCCCUGGGUGGGCAUCCUCAUGGGAACCAAGCACCUCAUCGCGGCCUCCUGGGCUCCUUUCUGUGCCUUCCUGGCCAGAAGCCACCAGAAGCGGAGGGUGCUCCUGACAGCCUCGCUGCUGGGCUCGGCGGGGGCCAGCCUGUUUAUGGUCCUGGUGCCGCCCCUGGACAGAGACCCAGGGGACCGCCGGUGUAAUGGAAGCCACAGCUUGACCGCCGAGGGCCCACCACCGGGGGUCGCACUAACUGUGACUGUCACCUUGGCCUCAGAGCCAACCUCCAACUCCGCAGCGGGGGCGCUCAGCCUCGCACUGGAGAGGAGUUCUGGGGUCGCUGGAACCCGUGGCUUCGGAGAAGGGCCUGGGGAAAGUGGCCAAGAACCUUUCAGUUAUCCACCCAGCUCCUCCAUGGGCUCCACCCAAGGAGCCAGGAACAGAUCCGGAGUUCUCCAUCCUGACACUCCAGGAGUCACAGGUUCUCCCCGCGAAGGUGCUUUUAGAGUGGUCAGUCCACCACUCCCUCUGUUUGCUGGGAGCACAGCGCUGGCGAGGCCAGCCAACCAGUCAGCAGCCAAGGGGGAUGGCAGGGACCUUGGCCUCUCCUUGGAAGGGCUGCAGUGGACUUUCAUCCUCUCGCUGGGCUCUGUGGUGUUCUGGGAGCUGCAGACGUCCCCUCUGGAGCAGGUGGCCGACGACAGCCUCUACGAAUACUUGGAUUUUGUGGACGCCACCGACCGCUACAGAAGCCUAUGGGUGUGGAAGCUGCUGGGCACAUCAGUCGGCGUGUGUGGCAUCGCGGCCUUGGUGGGGCCGCUGGACUGCUUCCUGGCGGCCAGUGGCCCUCGAGGCGUGGUGCACUUCUAUGGCUACUCCCUGGUCAGCGCCCUGGCUUUACUGGUGAGCAUCGCCUUUCCCGUCCCUGUCUGCCGGCGGCUGGAGCCCAGCUACAGGACAGUCAAAGCCCUGUCCCUAGUGGUCGGCGACCCCCACCUCACCGUCCUGGCCCUCACCAUCUUCUUGACAGGAGGUGCCACCAGUGUGGUGCAGAACUUCCUUUUCUGGCAGAUGAAAGACCACGGGAGCAGCGAGCUGAUCAUGGGUUUCUCGGUGGCCCUGGGCUUGCUGGGGGAAAUUCUGCUUCAUCCUUUCAAAGCUCCGCUGCUUAGGAAGCUGUCCAGGGUGGGCACAGUGGGGCUGGGGCUGGGCUGCCUGGCGGGGCAGCUGCUGUAUUACUCAUUUCUCUGGAGCUGGUGGUCCGUCCUGCCCGCUCAGAUCCUAAGCGCCCUCAGCCACGGGGCUCUGUGGUGGGCAGUCACCACCUCCAUAGAGCACCUGGCCACUCCUGGAACAGAGAGACCCCUGAGUGCCCUGUUCCAAGGCCACGUUUGUGAGAGCGGGGCCAGCCUGGGCAGCUUUGUGGGGGGCUUCGUGGUGAUGCGCUUCAGCCUGCCUGUGCUCUACCAGGCCUGCUGCGUCCUCCUGUUGCUCUGGCUGGCCUUGUUCCUGUCCAUCCAGCCCAGACUGCCCCAGGAGCGGAAAAUCAACUACUCCAAGCUGCUGGCCGUGGAGGCCAGUGACACAAGCGACUCUGAGCAGGGGACCGAACGGGACUGGCUAGUGAAGGCCAUGAGGGAGGAGCACUCUGACUGCAGGGGCUGA